CAUUAUGAACAUCAUUAUUAUCAUCAAUAAUAAACGUUUCAUAUAUCUAAUUUAUAUCUAAAUUUAUGUUGCUUUUAUAGUCAUUUAAUUUAAACGAUCUUUACACAAUAAAUAAUAAUCAUAAAGGUCAGAAUAAGAAAGUAAAAUAUUGGCUUUAAUCAUUGUUAAAGCUUACGGUUGAAUUUGUGUCAAAUUAUAUUUAUGAGAAAAAUGAAUGAUUGGCGUCGAGCAAUACGAACACCGAUUUCAUAUUCGGUACCCGGUUCUAGUUCAAAUCUUAUUCGACAACAAACAAAUUUUGUAUCAUUUGUAAUAUUGUCCGGUGCAUUGGUUUUAUUAAUACUUUAUGCAUUCAUGCCACCAAAUAAUAAUGAUACGAUGCAAGCAUUAAAUGAUGAACAUGGCCAUUGGCAUGAAAAAUUAGUUGCCUGUGAUUGUCUUUCCUAUAUUAGUCAGGGACAUGAUAAUAAUUUAUUUGUAUUAAAUCGAACCUAUCCUAUGACAUCAAUCGAAACAAUGAAUGAUGGCCGUUUACGUUAUCGUAUUGCUGCUGUUGCUGAUUUAGAUAAAAAAUCUAAAUCAAUGUCCAGGCCAAACACAUAUUUAUCGUAUAUGCUAAACGGUGUACUUAUAUUUGAUCCUCAUUCCCAAACUGUUGAAGUGAAUUUCGAGCCAAAAGAAAUAGAAUUAAGUUCUGAAUUCUCUUCUGGUGGCCGUGGAAUGGAAUUAUCUGAAUUAGUCGUUUUUAAUGGAAAACUCUACACCUGUGAUGAUCGAACUGGUAUUGUUUUUGAAAUUCGAAAUUCUUUAUUAUUACCUUGGAUUAUUCUUCCUAAUGGUAAUGGUCAGAGCACCGGUAAAGGAUUCAAAUGUGAAUGGAUGACAGUCAAAGAUGAUCAUCUUUAUGUUGGUAGUCUAGGCAAAGAAUGGACUUCACCUAAUGGUGAUAAAAUCUAUAAUUAUGAUCCACAAUAUGUUAAAAGAAUUUCCGCAUUUGGUCAUGUUGAACAUUUGGAUUGGAGGCUACGAUAUAUUGAAUUACGAAGAGCGGCUGGUAUCGAAGCACCGGGAUAUCUAGUACAUGAAGCAGCCGUAUGGAGUAAGGAGAGAAAACAAUGGUAUUUUUUACCACGUCGUGCUUCACAUCAAUUAUAUGAUGAUUCAUUGGAUGAGAAACGUGGUACAAAUAUUCUUUUAGUAGCUAAUGAUAAUUUUACAACGAUCAACAAGACUGUGUCCAUUGGUCCAUUGAUAAAGACGCAUGGAUUUUCUUCGUUAAAAUUAUUACCAUUACCUGAUGAAGUUAAACUUAGCCCAUUGGGUUCAGAAAUUGCCAUUGCGAUCAAAUCAGAAGAGGAUAAUGAAGCUAUUGCCACAUACAUAAUGAUUUUUCGUCUACCUGAUGGACAUAUAUUGUUACCUGAAACGAAAAUUAGCUCAAAACAUAAAUACGAAGGAAUUGAAUUUGUUUGAAUUUAUUUUAUUAGGAAAAUUUUAUUUUGUAAUAUGAAUUUAUCAAUUUUGUCUAUUCCAUAAGUGCCUACACAUUUGUAUAUUGAUACUUUAUUCAUCUAGUCU